AAACGCUGGCCAAUGAUUUUUGGUUAGUGUCAAACAAUAGUUGUAUCACAAUAUUUAUUUGCAACAAGAACCGAACAGUAUCGUUAGUGAAAUAGACAACAAGAAAAAAAUACAAAACGAUAGUACAAUAUACAAUAUUGACAUAUCGAAAGAAUAAUAAAAAAAAAACUGCAAGAUAACCGCCGGGCUCUGCUACUUGUUGAAAACCGUGUCGGCGUAAAGGUCGAGUCGGGGCAGAUAGAUAUACAUUUGACGUUUGGAGACUGACAGAGAGAUAAUCCCGUUUAUAAAUGGCUUUGUUAUUUACGAGCAUGUGGGACUCGACGAUGUUUUUGAGCACGUUAACGCCAAAAUUUUACGUCGCUCUUACCGGGACCUCGUCUCUGAUAUCCGGAUUGAUACUGAUAUUCGAGUGGUGGUAUUUCCGUAAAUACGGUACAUCCUUCAUCGAGCAAGUAUCCCUGAACCACAUAUCACCCUGGAUAGGUGGUGGAGAUACAGCGAGCGAUAGCAACAGUCCCAGUACGAACGGCUCUAGUAUGUCGAACCAGCAGAACGUCCCGGAAUGCAAGGUCUGGCGCAACCCGAUAAACCUGUUCCGCGGCGCCGAGUACCAGAGAUUUUAUUGGGCAACCAACAAGGAACCGCUGACUUAUUACGACAUGAAUCUCUCUGCGCAGGAUCACCAGACGUUUUUUACCUGCGAAGGCGACACGGGUAAGGCGGAGUACGAAAUAAUGCAAACGGCUUGGAGAGAGCGGAACCCGGUAGUGAGAAUAAAAGCGGCGCACAGCGCUUUGGAGCAAAAUCCAGACUGUGCGCCGGCAUAUAUACUACUGGCCGAAGAAGAAUCGACGACUAUUCUGGAAGCUGAAAAGAUACUGAAACAGGCGUUAAAGGUCGCAGAGAAUAAUUAUCGAAAGUCUCAAAAUACCCAGCACCAGGGAUCGGUAGCUGAGGCGAUGCACAGGAGAGACACCAAUGUUUUGAUUUAUAUAAAAAGACGGUUAGCUAUGUGCGCCAGAAAAUUGGGUAAAUUGAAAGAGGCGGUAAAGAUGUUCAGGGAUCUCACAAAGGAAGUACCUCCGAUAAUGAACGUACUCAAUAUUCACGAGAAUCUAAUCGAAGCUCUGUUAGAAAUGCAAGCAUACGCCGAUGUUCAAGCGGUGCUGGCAAAGUACGACGACAUUAGUCUACCAAAAUCCGCCACUAUUUGCUACACUGCGGCUUUACUGAAGGCCAGGCUUGUAGCGGAUAAAUUUUCGCCUGAUAUAGCAAGCAAGAGAGGAUUAACGACCGCAGAAAUGACCGCAGUCGAAGCAAUUCACAGAGCAGUCGAAUUCAAUCCACACGUUCCAAAAUAUUUACUAGAAAUGAAGCCCCUCAUUUUACCACCCGAACAUGUACUAAAAAGAGGCGACUCUGAGGCUAUUGCCUACGCAUUUUUCCACAUCGCGCACUGGAAACAGAUGGAAGGAGCUUUAAACUUGUUACACUGUACGUGGGAAGGCACAUUCAGAAUGUUACCUUACCCGUUGGAAAGGGGACAUUUGUUUUACCCUUAUCCAACUUGUACAGAGUGUGCGGAUAGGGAACUCCUACCUUCCUUCCAUGACGUUAGCGUUUAUCCAAAAAAAGAAUUACCAUUCUUCAUUUUAUUCACAGCUGGCCUCUGUUCCUUUACAGCAUUGCUCGCCCUCUUAACCCAUCAGUACCCGGACACGAUGGGUGUUGUCGCUCGUGCUAUGCUGGCAUGGCUCUCUCUUCCAUUUUAUUAUGUCUUAGACAAGCUAGAGGCUGUCCUCCCUUCCAACUUACUGCAACAGCUCUCUAGAAUUUAAAACAGUUAUUAGUUGUUUUUUUCUUUUCUUUGUUUUUUUUGUUUACAAUUAAGUCCUGAUGUGAUAUUUUUACAAUGCUGAAAAAAUUUUUUUUUUCCUCGUCUCUUCUUCCUUCUUAUAUUCAUCAUUUUCCCUGCCGAAACACGAGUGUUCCAACUAUUUAUAAUUAACAUUUGUUCACUUAAUAUUGUAAGAGUCAAUUAAACUUAAUAUUGUAAGAUUUAAAUGUACAAAUACAAUUGUCGAAUCUAAUUUAAUAUCCGUUUCUUCUUUAUUUCCACCCAUAUUACUUUAGUAGCAUGUUAAAAGGAACAAAUUAAAGCAACAUGCAGCUGAUAGAUAACACGUGCACAAUGUGCCAUUCCGUCAUUGUACAUUUUACUUACAUAAAAUUAGUACUUCUAAUUAUGUUUCGAUGAAACAUCAAUUAGAUAAUUAUUGUUAUUUGACGCAUGUGAAAACUAUAUCAAUAAUAUGAAAAAUAGCUUACGAGUGACACUACCUUACGCGUAUUAUUUAUGAAUGUAAUAAAUUCAGGACAAAUAAUCAGUACACAUAAUAUUACAGGAUUGUAUCGGAGGACUCACUGUUUAUAGUCCGAUAAUCGAUUACAAGGGAUCACGAGUUAACGGUAGAACGUGUUAGAAGAAAUCAAUAUGGACUCAUCAUACCGUUUAUUGUUGACAUUCUCGAAUUUAUUAAAAAAUACAAUGGCGAAUUACUUAUCUUAAAGAAAUAUUCAGAAAUACUGGAAGGGAAAUAAGCCUGGUUAUUUAUGCAAUUGGGAAACAGAAUGUUACUCCCAUCCAUUAAUUAUUUGUAAUAUUGAGUUACCGCCAAUAUCAGGUUAACGGUUUAUUAUGAGACUACCAAAUAGUUGUGUAAGGUGUGUCAACUUCACCAGUAUAAUUUUUU